UUUUUUUUUUUUUGGUUGCACUGCGGCAGCAUGCAGAACUUCCCCGACCAGGGAUCAAACCCGUGGCCCCUGCAGUGGAAGCGCGGAGUCUUAACCACUAAAUCACCAGGGAAGUCCUGAGCUGGCACUAUUUUUUUCAUUCCCAACCUGUUUCAUAGUUCAUCUUACCUGCCUGGCCUCCUUGGACACCUAAACUUUUAACCACUUAGCUAGUCUGAGCCCUUCCUUUAACAGAAGAAACAAGAUCAGAGACAGGACACGCUCUGGUGACAAUGUCAGGUGAAUCGGUGGCAGAACAAGGACCAGAAUUCCAGCGCCCCUUCCUUCUGAGGAUCUCUUUGGCCUGAAUCUUCAAUGCAUGUCCCUGUGGCAGUGCCUGGAAGGUCUUUUCCUCUGAGGCACCCUGGGAAACUGAGGUCGAGGUAGGCAUCAGAACUCCCUUCCUCCUGUUAGGCCAACCACUGGCCAUGGGACUUAAGAAUGAAAAGGAGAAGAGUCUGACUGUGCAGGGUGAGAGAAGGGGGAGGCAGGGGGCAGUCACGUGAUCUAGACAUGAAUGCCCAAGUGGCAGGAAGUGCCUGAAAUCAGAGCUAACUUGAGAGGCACAGAACUCGGGGUGCCUGGAAGGGAGCCAGAGGAGUUGUGGGACUCAGGCCAGGAGGGGAACAAAUGGCCAUACUGUGGUCACCCAGACCCUUCCACCAGAGCUGGCCACUUCUGCCUUUGGAAAGUGUUUCACAAUGCCCCGUGUAUGUGAGGACAGCCCAGCUCAGCUGAGGAUGGGUAAGAGGGUGUGGAUUCACACACUCACCAGCACCCAGAGAGGAAGCGUGGCCAGAAGGGCUGCCCAGCACACCACUUGUGCAGAGUGCCUGAGUCUGCGGUCCUCAUGACAGGUGACACAGGCCCCCCAAAGCUCAGCAGGACCAGAUAUGGCUCCAUCUCCAGCCCACCCAACCCAGGGUUACAGCAAGAGCCUCCUGGGGGGACCUACCUGAGCAAGAAGAUCCCCAUCCCAGAUGCAGAACCGGGCGCGUUCAGCCUGCGGAAACUGUGGGCCUUCACGGGGCCCGGCUUCCUCAUGAGCAUCGCUUUCCUGGACCCAGGAAACAUCGAGUCGGAUCUUCAGGCUGGGGCUGUGGCUGGAUUCAAACUGCUCUGGGUACUGCUGUGGGCCACUGUGUUGGGCUUGCUCUGCCAGCGACUUGCUGCCCGGCUGGGCGUGGUGACAGGCAAGGACUUGGGCGAGGUCUGUCAUCUCUACUACCCUAAGGUGCCCCGCACCCUCCUCUGGCUGACCAUCGAGCUAGCCAUCGUGGGCUCAGAUAUGCAGGAAGUCAUUGGCACAGCUAUCGCAUUCAACCUGCUCUCAGCUGGACGAAUCCCACUCUGGGGAGGUGUCCUCAUCACCAUCGUGGACACGUUCUUCUUCCUCUUCCUCGAUAACUACGGGUUGCGGAAGCUGGAAGCCUUUUUUGGAUUUCUUAUUACCAUUAUGGCCUUGACCUUCGGCUAUGAGUAUGUGGUGGCACGUCCUGCUCAGGGAGCACUUCUUCGAGGCCUGUUCCUGCCCUCGUGCCCUGGCUGCGGCCAGCCCGAGCUGCUGCAGGCUGUGGGUAUCAUUGGCGCCAUCAUCAUGCCCCACAACAUCUACCUGCACUCAGCCUUGGUCAAGUCUCGAGAGAUAGACCGGACCUGCCGGGCAGACAUCCGAGAAGCCAACAUGUACUUCCUGAUUGAAGCCACCAUCGCCCUGUCUGUCUCCUUCUUCAUCAACCUCUUCGUUGUGGCUGUCUUUGGGCAAGCCUUCUACCAGCAAACCAACCAGGCUGCGUUCAACGUCUGUGCUAACAGCAGCCUGCACGACUACGCCAAGAUCUUCCCCAUGAACAACCUUACAGUGGCGGUGGACAUUUACCAAGGAGGCGUGAUCCUGGGCUGCCUCUUUGGCCCCGCAGCCCUCUACAUCUGGGCGGUGGGUCUGCUGGCCGCCGGGCAGAGCUCCACCAUGACCGGCACCUACGCGGGACAGUUUGUGAUGGAGGGCUUCCUGAAGCUGCGGUGGUCUCGCUUCGCCCGAGUCCUGCUCACUCGCUCCUGUGCCAUCCUGCCCACCAUGCUCGUGGCAGUCUUCAGGGACCUGCGGGACCUGUCAGGCCUCAACGACCUGCUCAACGUGCUGCAGAGCCUGCUGCUUCCCUUUGCUGUGCUGCCCAUCCUCACGUUCACCAGCAUGCCCGCCCUGAUGCAGGAGUUCACCAAUGGCCCGGUGAGCAAGGCCUUCACUUCUUCCAUCAUGGUGCUGAUCUGUGCCAUCAACCUCUACUUUGUGGUCAGCUACUUGCCCAGCCUACCCCACCCUGCCUACUUCAGCCUUGUGGCACUGCUGGCCGCAAUCUACCUGGGCCUCACCACCUACCUGGCCUGGACCUGUCUCAUCACCCAUGGAGCCACCCUUCUGGCCCACGGUUCCCACCAACACUUUCUGUAUGGGUUUCCUGAAGAGGAUCAGGAGAAGACCUCUGGAUGAGCUCCCACCCAGGGCCUGGCCGAGGGUGUAAUGAGUGGGGCAGACUGGCCUGCUGGACCAGUGGGGGGCGGGGACGGUGUGUGGAGGCAGCAAGAUGGAGUUCUGGAAACAGGCCAACCCUGGUUCCCCUGGUUCCGUAGGGACCUGCUGUCUGCUAGUUCGGACAAGUGAUUAACUACCGGAUCUCAGUGUUCUCAACUAUAAAAUGGGGACACCAACCUUGCAACGGAUGUAAAUAAAGCACUUUAACACAGAGCCUGGCACUUGAGACUUUAAAAAAUCAUUCCUAAAGUAUUUAUUGAGCACCUAUAGGAGUGACCUGACAGACCAACCCAAUUGGGGGUGCGACAGGCUCCAAACUGGUACUUAAAAUAGAGUCUGAAAAUGAUAAAUAAACGCUAAUUCACUUCUUAUCCAAAA